AUGGCCACUGCAGCUAUUCUCACUCCCGUUGCUCCCCCAUCAGCGCCAACCUUUGGCACUACUCCUGCUGCCCAGCCACCACCAGGACAGCCAGACAUUACUUACCAUCCUGACUGGGAUAAGUACCAAGCACGUGUCGCCCGCAGACUCCAGACUGAGACUCUCACCAAAGAGAUUCCAGCGGGCUUCCCCAAAGAGCUCAAGGGUGACUUGGUCUGGGAGGGAGAGACUAUUGCCCAAAGGUACAACUGGACCUAUACCUUUACACCUGAACAGCUCCAAGAUAUUGACAACGCCCUUGCACAUUUCAAGUCUCUCAACAUUGCAAAGGGUUACAUCUCUCAAGAGACUUUUCCUCUUCCCAAGACUCGCGAUGAACUCCGUCGUCUUUCACGUGAACUUCACUACGGCCACGGUUUCUUCGUUCUUCGCGGUCUAGACGUCGAUAAGUACACUCGUGAAGAGAACAUCAUCAUCUACGCUGGCAUCUCUUCCCACAUUGGUUCCAUUCGAGGCCGCCAGGAUGCCUAUUAUGACGGCAAGCGUGCCGAUGUAGUUGUUGGACACGUCAAGGAUGUCCGAAGUACAACUCAAAUCAAGAUCGGAUCUCCUGCCUAUACUGCAGACAAGCAGGUCUUCCACACUGACUCGGGAGAUAUCGUCUCGCUCUUUGCUCUCGGUACUGCUGCUGAAGGAGGUGCAAGUCGCUUGGCCAGUGCUUGGCGUGUGUACAACUAUAUCGCUGAGACCCGACCGGAUCUCAUCCGCACUCUGGCUGAGGACUGGGAAGCAGAGCUCUUCACAAAGACAGUCAAUGACACCGACAAGGUCUCUCGACGCCCUCUGAUCCACCACCAGCCCGCCAGUGCCGAUGGAAAGACUCCAGAAAGAGUCGUCCUUCAGUACGCCCGCCGCUACUACGUCGGCUUCGGAGCUCUCCCUCGAGGCAACCAUAUUCCACCCAUUACCGAAGCCCAAGCCGAGGCUCUCGACACGUUGCACUUCUUGGGUGAGAAAUUCAGCGUAUCAACGGAUUUUCAGAAGGGUGAUAUUCAGUACGUCAACAACGUCGCCGUUUUCCAUGCUCGCGAUGGUUUCAGAGAUACCGAGGAUCAGCAGAGACAUCUUCUGCGACUGUGGCUUCGAGACCCUGAGUAUGCUUGGGAGACUCCCGCUGCUCUGAAGGAGAGAUGGGAGCGCGUUUAUGGUGGUGUUACGCCUGAACUUCAGACUUUUCCGCUUGAGCCUUACGUUCGCAGUGAAUCUGCGGGAGUCACUCAGACAUAG